AUGCAGUUCAUGGGUGUUAAAGCAUACAAGUUCCCUCUUGUCAAAUUCUACUGGCCUUUCUUUGUUGGUUUCGGUAUCACUACUGUCUUGAUCUCCAAGGCACAAACUGCUCUUUCCAACACUGAAGAGUUCAUCAAUGAUCCAAGACAUCCAAGAUUUGCAAGUGGUGACGUUGACCACAAAUAA